AUGAGAUGUUCGGACUCGAAGUGCGUCUGGCUGAAGCAAGUUGGUACCUCCGCUCCGCUCCGGGCGCCUCUCCUCUGGAAUUGCCGCGAUACGAAUAUUGGCAAGUGGCAAUAAAGAGUGUGGAAGCCAGGGGAACGCGCGCGAUGAUGAUGAGGAGCCCCGGAGCUCGCAUUUAGGACCACCUCACUCACUGUGCGUGAAUUCCUGCUGUGCUCGAGCGCUUCAAGAACAUGCAACAUGAGCAGCCUUAACAUCACAGGAGCGGACUGGUCUGCGCCCUGGAACAACUUCACCGCCGGCUCUAUGUACAAUGUAUCCAGCAGCAUUUAUCCCUCUGAUGUGGCUGUGGAGGAGAUGUCAGGGAGCCCCUACAAGACAUUGGAGAUGGUCUUCAUUGCCCUGGUGACUGGCUCCUUGAGCUUUGUCACUGUGGUGGGGAAUAUCCUGGUGAUGCUCUCUAUCAAAGUUAACCGGCACCUACAAACAGUUAACAACUACUUUCUGUUCAGUUUGGCAUGUGCCGACCUCAUCAUUGGGGUGUUUUCUAUGAACCUCUACACCGUCUACAUUAUAAAGGGCUACUGGCCUCUGGGGCCUGUGGUAUGUGACCUCUGGUUGGCCCUGGAUUAUGUAGUUAGCAAUGCCUCGGUCAUGAACCUGCUUAUCAUUAGCUUUGACCGCUACUUUUGUGUGACCAAACCUUUGACCUACCCAACCAGACGGACAACAAAAAUGGCUGGACUGAUGAUUGCGGCUGCUUGGAUCCUUUCUUUCAUCCUUUGGGCCCCUGCUAUCCUAUUUUGGCAGUUCAUUGUAGGUGAGCGAACGGUUGACAAGAGGGAGUGCUACAUACAGUUCCUCUCCAACCCUGUUGUAACCUUUGGCACCGCUAUCGCUGCCUUCUACCUGCCCGUGGUCAUCAUGACCGUCCUCUACGUUCACAUCUCACUGGCUAGCCGUAGUAGAGUGAAGAAUCCAAAGACCGAGCCAAAGAAGGAGAAGACUCUCAAGUCCACAAACCUACUGAAAACCCAUAUACUGAAACAGAACAAUUCUUCCAAGACCCAUACAGUGUCAAGCUCCAGCAUGGUGAAGAAUGGCAAGCUAGAUGAGUCUGUGUGUAACAAAAUGGAGUCCAGUGUUCAACCCGAGGAGAAAGACAGUUCCAAUGACUCCAGCACAGCCAGCAUAGCUCCAAAGGACACAAAAGAAAAAUCUAACAGUGUGGUAAAAUCCAAGGAUCUCAUCCCUACCUCUACAAUCACCAACACCACCACCACCACUACCCCAACUCCAAUUCCAGUCAGAAUAAAUCCUGCCUCCAAGUGGUCCAAGAUCAAGAUUGUCACUAAGCAGACUGGGGAUGAGUGUGUUACAGCUAUUGAGAUAAUCCCGCCAAAUAGCACUGAAAACAGCUCCAUUCCUGUCAAUCGGCCUAGAACAGUUGCCCGGAAGUUUGCCAGUAUCGCACGGAGCCAAGUCAAACGCAAGCGCCAGAUGGCCGCGAGGGAGAAGAAAGUGACAAAGACCAUUUUUGCCAUCCUCCUGGCUUUUAUAAUCACAUGGACACCAUACAACGUUAUGGUGCUCAUCAGCACAUUCUGCCAUUCGUGUGUGCCCGACACCGUGUGGGCCAUUGGUUACUGGCUGUGCUAUGUCAAUAGCACCAUCAAUCCUGCAUGCUAUGCACUCUGCAAUGCGACCUUCAAAAAGACCUUCAAAAACCUCCUCAUGUGCCAGUAUAAAAACAUUGGCACAAGAUAAACUGGAGAUGGUCAACUUGAAACCAUGCCAGCCAGUCAUGGGUGGAUUCUUGAUAUGACCCGAUGAGUUGCUUCUGGAUUUAACCCCCAGCUACAGAACGUUAAAGGUUUGGGUCCCUGGGAGGAAAAUCGGAUGCCUCAGACAGAUGCCUGUGUUAGCAGUGAAUGGGACUACAGAGGAAAUACAACUUUUCAACAUGUGAAAGUUGUAUACCUUGGAAUUCGAUCACAAGAUUUCUGCCAGUUUCUCCCAGAACACCCAGAUGCAGCAAUUUAACAACUAGUGGUGGAAUGCCAAAUAAAAGUCUUAGGAGAUCUUUGCUGAAUUAACAGAAAUGUGGUGACAAUCAGCAAACAAAGCACAGCGAGUGUUGGGGGAACACAUUUAUCAAUGGAAGGUGUCGGGCACAGUUUUAAUGUCCUAAAGCUUACUGGAUUUUUAUUGGAGAGUUUUAACAAAAAAGGAAAACACAAACUGAAUUGAUGUACUUGCAUUAUUGACAGUGCUAUGAAACCCAUCAACAAGCAUGAAUUGUGUGUAAUGAACCACCAAUAUUUCAUUUGGCUCCAUUCAGUCAGUCCCUAAUUUAGAAAUGGUAUGCUAUCGUUUUUGUUUCAGAGACUUUACUCAGAAUUUCAGUAUCAGAACUAAAGCAAGGAAAACCUAUGUGAGUCUGACAAGUCUGUGUAGAAAUGUAGAAGUGAUUAAACACAAAUUCAUCAGAAUACCAUAUGGAAUGGAAUUGUGGUAAAUACUACAUGAAACUUUCAGCACACAAGUGGAAGCUUGAAAAUACAAGCACUAUUGUAUAUCUAGCCAAGUUGUGAAUAUUGUGGCUAUACUGAAAAAAAAAAAAGAUAAAGUGGUUUCUUAUCAACAAUAACACUUUUUCACCGUAAAUAUACAUAAAAUGUAUUUUUAGCUUGAUGUCACACGCAAAGAAAUGCGUAAACACCAGGGAGGUAUAUGCAAAAAUGAAAAUGAAAUAUUUCCAGAAAAUAAGAAAGUGUUCUUUAAUAUGUUUAAUACUGUCCGUGGAUGUUUGUACUUCUUAUAUACUUGGGUCAUUAAUGUAAUCUAAAGAUUAUAUUGAUUAAAAAAACAAUGUUUAUUGCUGUCUAUAUGCAAACAAUGUUAUGUAGAGAGUAUAUUACAAAUUUCCUAGAAUUAUUGUUUUUAAGAUAUGAAAGAAUUUUAUGAAAGGAUCAAGUUUACCAAUCCAUCUGGAAUGUUUUACAUGGUUUUUUGCACAGUAUGGAUUCCCAAACAAAGCUAGUUUAGGAACAUUUUCAUUCAGACUAUUUCCUUCUCCCUGGAUCAUGCUGCUGUUUUAUUCCCCCUCUGUAAACUAAAUUUAACCAUCUAAACUGUAUAAUGACAUAUACAGUACAUACAACAGAAAUUGUUCUUCUGCUGUGACAGCUUAAGUAAUCAAAACUGCAGCCUAACCACAAUUCUUAGGAUUUGUCCUCCGAUGAUAACAUCACAACAGCAUGAGAGAAUUAUAUUGGCAGGGACAGCCGCAUUCAUACCGAUUUCAUACUAUGACGGAUGACAUCAUCACUGGAAGAGAACGUAACUUGAAUGGUACCAAGGCAGUGUACAUGAGAUUGUAUUGUUUUUUUAUUGCCUAAUGCUUAAUAAAUAUGUUGUAAUUAUAGAGCUGGGUGGACCUUUUUGUAAUUGAGAUGUAAUGGCGGGAGGUGUGGAAAAUGAACGUUGAGCAGUGUCCUUGACACUUCUUACUAAGGUUAGCCUGCUUUGUGUGUAGCCCACAUAAGCAUGAGUCCAGCAUGCAGAACAGUUGCUUAAAAGCUAAUGAACUCAUCACCAGACAUAAAUAAAAAUGCUAUAAGCAUAGUGCAAGUUGCAGGAACACCUUUUUGGGAAAGUUCUGCUAUAAAUAAUCUGAACCUUUGCUGGCUGUUAUAUGAAAUAAAAUGAUUCAGAAUUAGUUACACAGUAGUGCCUCUGUGCCCCUCACAUAAAAGUCCCAAAGCCCCAGUUAGGCAAGAUAAAUACAUUAAUACAAGCUCCAAAAGAAGUUUAUUUAACAAGUGUUUUUCAUAUUUUUCUGUUUACAGCAUUCGUAAAUGAAAAAAUAAGUCAAAAAGGCAUCCAAAAUUAUACUUUACUGCUGUAGCGUAGGUUUUGUAUCAAACACACCUUGGAAAUUAAUUAUUCCAGCUUUGCUACUCUCAGGAUUUGAAUACUGUAACUGACCUUUGGAGCUCUAUGUCCUGUUCAUACAGAAAAUUCAUUAUCAUCAGAAGGUCCAGAUCAUCUUUUACUGCAGUCAGUAUAUUGACUGAAAAUCCUGUUCAAUUCUGUUAGUAGCAAAAACAUACAUAAAAAAUAACAAAAAUCUAAUCAGUACAGCAUUAUUUUGUUUUUUUGUAGUCAAGUAAAUUCCUUGAUCAUUCUACCUCUUUUCAA